GCGCGGGGCUGAGGGGGCGCAGCGGCGGGCGGCGCCGGCUCUGACCGGGCCCGGGCUCAGCCCGGCCCCGGCCCGCGGGGAGCCCUGGGGGCGGCGGCUGUCGGGAGCUGCGGGGCGCCGCGCGCCAUGUUCUCGGUGCUGUCGUACGGGCGGCUGGUGGCGCGGGCCGUGCUGGGCGGCCUGUCGCAGACCGACUCGCGCGACUACAGCCUGGUGACGGCCAGCUGCGGCUUCGGCAAGGACUUCCGCAAGGGCAUCCUCAAGAAGGGCGUGUGCUACGGCGACGACGCCUGCUUCGUGGCCCGGCACCGCUGCGCCGACGUGCUGGGGGUAGCAGAUGGCGUAGGAGGCUGGAGAGACUACGGGGUCGACCCUUCUCAGUUCUCAGGGACUCUAAUGCGAACGUGUGAGCGCUUAGUAAAAGAAGGACGGUUCGUACCAAGCAACCCCGUUGGGAUUCUUACCACCAGUUACUGUGAGCUACUGCAGAACAAAGUCCCUCUGCUUGGAAGCAGUACGGCUUGCAUAGUGGUUCUGGACAGAACAAGUCAUCGUUUACAUACAGCAAAUUUGGGAGAUUCUGGAUUUCUGGUGGUGAGAGGAGGAGAAGUGGUCCAUCGGUCCGAUGAACAACAACAUUACUUCAACACUCCGUUCCAGCUGUCGAUAGCGCCGCCGGAAGCAGAGGGAGUCGUACUAAGUGAUAGCCCAGAUGCUGCUGACAGUACUUCUUUUGAUGUUCAGCUCGGAGACAUUAUUCUGACAGCAACAGAUGGACUUUUUGACAACAUGCCUGACUACAUGAUUCUUCAGGAACUGAAAAAGCUGAAGAACUCGAAUUAUGAGAGCAUACAACAGACUGCGAGAAGCAUUGCUGAGCAAGCUCACGAACUGGCGUACGACCCUACCUACAUGUCACCCUUUGCACAGUUUGCCUGUGACAAUGGCUUGAACGUGAGAGGGGGAAAACCAGAUGACAUCACCGUCCUUCUUUCUAUAGUAGCUGAAUAUACAGACUGAAUUGUUUAAGAUGUCAACUUCUGAUACCGUCUUUCUCCCAGAGUUCCUAGCUUCACACGUACUGUUUCCUGCUGGCAGGAUUGCUUUCUUACGUUGCAGCUGAUCUCAAUGGCCAAUUGUCAAGCCUGUUGCCUGUCCUACGAUGCAAUGUUGAGAUCCUUUUAAGAACCACUACUGUAGUACACUGAUCUGUCUGCCAGCAAGAAAUGAGGAAAUGCAAGGCUUGAAGCAUGCCUUUCAAAACCC